AUGCUCAAACGAGUCGCCUCUUUCGUCCGUCGCCACGUCCUCCAAGUGUACCACAUCGCUGUUUGGCGUCGACACAAGCUUUCUAGUACGGAUUUUGCGAGAUGCGAGAUCGUCCGCCGCAUCUGCCCACGUCUCUUCGCUCUCACAGACUCUGCGAUAGAGUGUCUGCGGCCGCAGGAUGUCGGCUCACUGCACUGUGUACUGCACAAAUUUGUUGGCAUAGUGGCUAAUUUCAUGCUUCAGAAUCCAAGCCACGCCCAGGUGCACGCCUUGGCCGCAGAGCUCACACAGUACAUCAACUCACGCUAUCCGAGCGUUGAGAUCUGUACCAUGACUGUAAUGGAGCUGGUGGAUCUUACUUACAGGCUUGUGCGUACUGAGUAUCGCGAAGUUCUAGAGUCUGCAGCAGCUUUAGCGAACCUACGCAGCCCAGAUUACACUUAUGAGCAGUUAUACCAGGUGCAAGACAUUAACAACGAGAUCACGCAUGACAUUAGCACGACAUGUUUCUACGCGUCGUGGGAGACAUUCCUUAAGUAUUCGACGAAGGAAAUGGUCGCCUUUACUCGCGGAUAUCAACAGGAGGAUAGUAAUGCUAACGACGGCAUCCCGUCGCCCGAGGGCCCAUCAACCGAGUUCGAAAUCGAUGACACAGAAGCAGAGUACAAAGGUAUCGGUAAAAGAAUCGAGCCGUGGAACUUCUGUCGAAUUCCUUACUCGAUACCAGAGGACGCACAAUGCUCUGUUUGCAUGACUGAGGUCAAAGUGCGAAAUCGGGACGAGAAGUACGUACAAACAAAGUGCGGCCAUAUCUUCCAUCAGCUGUGCCUGGACACGUGGGUCAACGAUUCAGGCAUGAAGGCGUCAAACACAUGUCCCUCGUGCCGUACGGUGUUGUGUAUGCCUCGUGAACGACUGCAUGCAUCCGUCGAGGUCCCUAUGACGGGUCAAUUCGACAACAGGGAUGGCAUGUCAGCUUUUGGUGGCUUGAGCAUCUGA